AUGGUUUAUAGUAAACCAAACUCCACAAGCGGAGCCAUGAAGAGGUCUGCCUCGGCCCUCGAGGGACCACCAGGAUGGGGCGAUGUUCCUCCCAUGAUGAGCUCCUCCCGCCCAUCAUCUCGUCCUCCCUAUGCCCACUUUGCUAUGAUUUACCUUGACCGUGAUGGCAAGCUCAAGGUGGAUGAAUCUUCUUCUAUCAAAGAGCAAAACUCCACUGUCUUCACCCCAGAAGUUCGCCAGAACUUCCUCGAGAUUCUGGGUGAACGUAUCGGCUACCAUGCCCCUACUCGCCAACUGGACACAUCUCCUCGUCGCGUGAGACGUCGCAAGGGCAACGCUCCUAUUCUUUCUGUCUCUGAGGACCGCCUGGCUGAGGAAUCUGACACCGAGGAGUUCCCUAACGGGUCUACUGAGAUGGUUCCUCUCCGCAUCGGAGACUCCCAGAAGGUGAUGGCCUACUAUGAAGGUGCUCUAAAGCACUUCCAACAGCUCAACUGCCGCAUGGUUGCCAAGGCAUUCAUCAAGUUCAUCGAGCCUCGCAAGCAGGUCCGACACCCUUAUAACGGUGGCAAGGCCCCUCCAGGAUCUGCCCCCGGCACUACUGGUGACCCAGAAAAGACUAAGCCCGAGUGGUGGCCUCCCGGUGUUAUGCACAAGGAGCCUGAUCACUUGAGAAAAGAGUACCGCAUUGAGCUCUUACUUCACAUUAUCCGUAAGCUCGGUAGCUACGGUAUUACUGCAGACAAGCUCAAGGAUGUCGCUGGCGACACCAAGCGGAGCUUAAAGCACGCCUCACACGUUGAAAUCAUCUACGAGAUCCUCCGCGUCCGUAAGAUGGAGGAGCGCUUCGAACGCGGUGAAGUCGAUGCCAACAUGGUUGUCUACACCAUGAACCGCGGUCCUAGCCCUAAGGGCGAUGAAGAAGACGACUCCACUAACUCCUCAGUAACAAUCGAGGAGCCCGAUCACAUCAACCAAGGAUUAAUGACCCCUAUCUCAUCAUUCGAGCAAUCAUCUACCUCAUUAACUACACCCAUCGAUAAUAUCCCAUCAGCUCGCUCCCUCCCAGGUAGCUUCUCCAUGGCUGAGCCUCUCAACUUCGAAAAUUCCCGCCAGGACCGCCCUUACUACACCACACCUCCCCAAUACACCGAGUCCUUCUCGCAACCCAUGCUCAACGCUCCCGUGACAUCAGAGAUGCUCAGCCCCCAUGACGUCUCAGUCUCAGCGUUCGACUACUCCACUCACAAUGCGUUCUCAAAUCCCACAUCCGAUCACUCGCGCGCGGGAGUAAAUGGUCAUUACGAUACCUGGACCCCAUCUUUCCGCCAGAAUAUCUUUACACCGGUCGAGUACCCUACCCCAGCAUCCAGCCAGGGUAUGGCCCAGCCUUCAAUGGCAUACCAGAUGCCCAUGGGAUCGCACAUGCAUGACAUGUCCCAUCAUGCCCAACAAUCCCACAUGGACUCCCUCCACCAACGAUCCCUGCCUUUCCGCACCGGAUCAUUGGGUCACCCAAAUCCUAACGGGAUGCCUCUCACCCACACUGUCUAA